ACAUCAUCAUUAGCAUCAGCAUGAUUAGGAAAAAGUUUAUGGAGAAAAUUUAGCACAGAUAUAGAUAAUAAUUUUUGUGAAUUUCCUUAAAACAUGAAUAAGGAAUUAGCAAUUGCAUUAGAUGGUCUUUGUUUCGAAGCAUCCCAACAUUGUGUUCAACUCAGGCCAUUGAAAAUUGUAAACUGUAAUGCAGCAGAUUCAAAUCCUAGCUACAGGUCUUUCUCUAAAGCAUAUUGUGAGGUAGAGGUAAAGUCCAGAAAGACGUUUUUGUUUGGAGAUGUGUUUCGACGUGGCGUUGACAUUCUGAUUGGGUAUUUAGAAAACAGAGGCAUGCCAGAAAACAGGCAGGAACAAUUUGUGCUUAAUAAGCUGCUAGCAUUUGUAAAAUCUAAUGCAGCUGAUGAAAUACCAACAACCAACUUACACCAAAUGACUAAGGCAGAUUUGAGUACGUUGCUGGCAAAUCACUUGUUUGGAAAGUUGUCAACAUCAUCUCGCUAUACAGUUAACAAAGAGUGUGAUGACUUGAGAAAAGACAACUGCCCAUGUAGUUAUCCCAACUGCCAGCUGACAGGAGCAUUAGGAGACACAAGUGUUGGAAACAGUGAGGUUUGGCAUGGGAAUAUGGAUAUCAUUAUCAAUGACAACCUAGCAUUACAUUGUGAAUUGCCAGAGGAGAACUCUGGAAGUGCUAUUGGAAAUUCUUUGUUAGAAAAACAGAAAACAAGUGUUUUAUCCCAGAACUCACAAUUAAUUGCAAAGACAAUUGUAUUUUCAUUUUUGCAGAAGCAAAAACAUCCAGAAUGCAGUAACUUUCUCACCCCUUUAAUUGGAGUUGGACUUUCUGAAAUGACUGUCAUGUUUUAUGAUGCAGAGCAUGAUGUUCUACUUGAGAGUACGAGGGUGCCACUGUUUGACUCGUCAGAGGAAGAAUGUAGAAUGUUCAGUCUAACAGCCAUUCUCAUUUCUUGGCUUGUUGUUAAUUACACGUAUUUGAGUUCAGGAUUGAUUGACACCAUGCAGACAUACACUGCUGACUUCUUCAAUCACACCCGAGGGAAAACAGAGAUUUAUGAACAGAAGCUGAGUUUAGGAAAUGUUGAAUCUUCUAGCAGCAGUGGAAUCAAACGUAAAGAACCUCCAGCAGUUAUGGCUAGUAGUUAUUUGUAUAAAAAACACAAACUGUUGAGUCGAAUUAUAUUUGGGGAGAAUCAAGAUCAGGACUCUGAUGAAGACAGCAGUGAAGAGGACGAUAGAAAUAAUUAAUCUAACUAAUCCUCAAAUACACACUUGUACUAGUAGGGCAAGAUUUGUAUAAAAAAAAAGGAAGAAAGAUGUUGUCAUUUAGUUGAAAAGGAAUUUCCUGACACUACCGGUAAUAUAUUUAUGUUUCGUUAGUAAUUUCAGUAAUUAUACAUCUUCUCCAUUCCA